UUCUUCCUCCACGCAAAUUAAUUAGCUGCAACUAAGUCACAUCUUAUGAAGAAGGUUCGGUGGUCAAGCAAGAAAGGAACUGCUGGUUUGGGGAAAGAUAAUAGGUCAUGUGAAGAAGACCGCCGAAGAGAGCAGCCAAUGACAAGAGUUCCGUCCGUCUUCCUCUUCCUCCUCCUCGUCUUCCUAAUUGUGCUGCAUCAAAGCAUGGCCGCCGCCCACCACCACCACCACAGUAUCGUCAGCGAGACCUGCAAGCACAGCGCCGACGGCGACCCCAACGUGAACUACACCUUCUGCGUGGAGUCGCUGCAGUCGGUGUCCAAGAGCAAGCACGCGGACCUUCGCGGGCUCGCCAUCAUAUCGGCGAGGCUGGCGAAGGCCGACGCGAAGCACGCCAAGUCGAGGGUGAAGACGCUGCUGAAGGCCAAGAAGAUGAGCCGCUACAGGAAGUCCUGCUUGCAGACUUGCCGGGAGCUGUACUCCGACGCCAUGGCAAGCCUCAGGGACUCCGUCAAGCUGAUCAAGGCCGGUCGCUACGGCGACGCCAACGUGUAUAUAAGCAGCGCCGUGGAUGCGCCCGGGGAGUGCGAGGACAGCUUCAAAGAGGGCAGCAUCAAGUCGCCGCUGGUGAAGGAGAACCACGACCUAUUCCAGCUUGCUGUCAUCGCCCUCAGCAUUACCUCUCGCCUCGGAUGAUCAUAUACAUGUUCUUCUUGUUCUCACCAUAUAUAGUAUCCAUCAUGUACUUGUUGAUCGAUCUCAAUCAAGGCUUUCUUUUCCUUU